AUGUCACGAGAAACGGAUUCAUCGAGCGAUUCAGACCAAGAGCGAGCUUCGAAUGCAGCCGCACGCCAGCGGAAACGGAACCAACAAUGGGUGACAAAAGGCGCACUAGUCCGAGAGGAUUCCGACGACGAGCUCGGCGACGAGGACUUGCCAUGGGAAUGGAUCUACGAAGAGGAGCCCCAAGCCGAAGGCGAGGCAGCAGAGAAUGACGAGAAAAAAGAAAAGCCAUCUCGACGUCGGAGGUCUUCUCGCCCUGCGCAGAAGAAACGGGCGAUCAUCGGCGCUCGCAUGGGAUCAUUCGAAUGCAGGAUCGGCCAGGUGGUGCUCUUGAAAUCCCCAGAACCAGGCAAAGACUGGGUCGGAAUCAUCACGGAGUUCUUGGAGGAAGAGGAUGAGGACGAGGAGGGUGGAGUGCUCAAGUUGGCCAACAUCAUGUGGUUCGCUUCCCCGGACGAAUUUUUGUCAACAAGGAACAAGCGCAGAGCCGACGCCUUGCCGAAUGAGCAAUACUUAACUGCCGAUUUCAACAACAACCCGCUCUCCUCGAUCAAUGGAAAGGCUGUCGUGAUGUCGAAGGACGCCUUCUAUGCGAAAUACCCGAACGGCGCCCCCCUAAAGACAAGGCGCGAUUGGCUGAGUACAAUAAAUGCAUCGUUUGUCGACGAGGCCAUGGUUAAGGAGAACUUGAAAGCAGCCAGGAAGCGCAAAAAUGUGGAUAGCGAUUAUGUCAAUGUCAAAGACGAAGAGCCGACCACACCACGGAAAAGACAACGAACGGCCACAGGGGGGACCCCCAAGACACAGCGCAAGAAACCCUUGACGACACCCACCCACAAGCGGAUUGUUGUUAAGAAGCCUCUGGAAUUCACUCCUCUGGGGACUCGCGUAUUAUCGCCAACUCAUUUUGCCUCCCCAUAUCGACAAGCUCGUACCCUAUUACAUGUCUCAGCCGUGCCUGAAUCCCUGCCUUGUCGCACAACAGAAUUCAAUACAGUCUACAGCCAUUUGAGUGCGGCUAUCAUGGAGGGCACCGGUGCCUGUAUCUACAUCUCAGGGACCCCAGGAACCGGAAAGACAGCCACGGUGCGAGAAGUAGUGGCACAGCUCAAUGCUGCGGUGCAUACAGAAGAUAUGGAUGAUUUUAUAUUCGUUGAGAUCAACGGGAUGAAGGUAACAGAUCCGCAUCAAUCCUAUUCUCUGCUUUGGGAAGCCUUGAAGGGCGACCGAGUAUCUCCUUCACAUGCGCUUGACCUUCUUGAACAAGAAUUUUCUCACCCUUCACCACGUCGGGUCUCUUGCGUGGUUCUAAUGGAUGAACUUGAUCAACUGGUGACGAAGAAUCAAUCAGUCAUGUACAAUUUCUUCAACUGGCCAGCGCUCCGACACUCCAGACUUAUUGUCUUGGCCGUGGCGAACACUAUGGAUCUUCCAGAACGAACGCUCAGCAACAAGAUCUCCAGUCGUCUCGGUCUUACCCGCAUCACAUUUCCAGGUUACAAACACACAGACCUCAUGGAAAUCAUUGGCACCCGUCUCGCAAACGUACCGGGAAAUAUUGUUGACUCCGAUGCCGUCCAGUUCGCGAGUCGUAAAGUUGCCGCUGUCAGUGGUGACGCUCGUCGUGCGUUGGAUAUCUGUCGGCGGGCUGUUGAGAUCGCAGAAGAGGAAGCGGACGCAGCGGCCGCUGCCAACUCAGCGUCUGCCACCAUUGCAGAAGAGCCUGAAGAUCUCCCCCCAACGCCUAGCAAAACGCCAGCCCGACGCAACAAGGCCCCUGCAGACAAGCAACCGGCUGAGCCUGCCCCCAAACCCGCUGAAAAAUCGCAGCCUGGCCGCGUCACGAUCGCCACUAUUAAACAAGCAAUUCAGGAGGCUACCUCAACGCCAUUGCAGCAAUCUCUCCGAUGUCUUCCCCUAUCAGGAAAACUCUUCCUUGCAGCCCUGCUCGCUCGAGUCCAGCGAACAGGGAUAACCGAAUCAACAUUCGGUGAUGUCCUCGACGAGGCCCGCCGCAUAGCCGACGCCGCAGUCGCAGUGGCCAAUGCGGCCAGCGCUGGUGUGAAAGAUUUCUUGUUGGCAGGCGGUUCUGGCUCUCGCGUUCGUGCUCUCGGGUUCGCAGCCAUGGAGCUGAUGAACUCUGGCGUUCUCGCUCUUGAGCAAGGGACUGGCACUAAGAGCUUUUUCGGGGGCUCGACCAUUGUGACCCGUGGUGAACGGAGCGGCAAAAUUCGGUUGCGGGUUGCUGCUGAGGACGUGCGAUUGGCGUUUCGAGAGGAUGCUGAGGCUAAAGGCUUUGGGUUGGGCAUUGACCCUUGA